GCACCCACCUCUCUUCUUACUGCCCCUCUCCCCCAGGCUGUACUGAAAUCUUCAGCCAGCGGGGCAGGGGGGCAGGGCUGAGGGCAGCUAAGCUGGCUUGACUCAGACCAGGAAGUCUCUCCACCCAAGCCUGGGGCUCAGAUGUCACACACACACACACACACACACACACACACACACACACAUACACACAUGCACACACGGGGCCCUCCCCCUCCUUAGCACACUAGGAAGCUGCCCGUUCCCAGGGCAACAGUCAACACAGACAGAAGCUCAGACACGACUGGGCUCCAACGCUCUCUGCAGCCUGGAGGGCCUGGUCCCCAUUGGCCACUCUGAGCUCAGGAUCCGGGGGGCCAUAGAGCAGAACCCCUGCACAGCUCUCCUGGUGUGAAUGCGGGAAAGCUCUCUGAGCUCAGGCAGGAGUCUCUCUCUCUCUCUCACACACACACUCUUACACACUUGCACCCAUGGGAAGCCGCCCCACUCCUGGGCUCCAGAGAACUACAUCAGCUGAGUACCGACUGCCUUCAACAAGGCCUCCAGCCUCAGUCCCGUCCACUGCCCCAGGAGGCCCUGUGGUGGGCAGGGGUCCCACAGGUGGCCCCCAGGCCCCGAAAGCCAAAUGGUCAGCCCUGGGGGCUGAUGGUGUGCAGCGGGACCAGCUGUGGAGGGAGCUGCUGGAGGCUGAGAGGAGGAGCCAGCAGCGCUGGGCUCAGAACUGGAGUUUCCUGAAAGACUAUGACCCCAUGGGCAACAAGAAGGAGCCCGUAAAGCUGCCAGACCACGUGCCUCGCUUCUCUGACACUGCCUCCACUUCCACGAACCGGGCCAUAGGCAGCCGGGUGGACACGCCUCUGGGGAAAACCCUCAUUGGCCUUGACUUCUUCUUCGUGGAAGGAGCCCGGAAGAAGAAGCUGGAAGAGGAGCUGCAGCCCAUCUAAGAGGAGGGCCGGGUGGACACUGCUGGGGAGCCAUCACCAGAGCCUCAGACAGCAUCCCACACAAGCUGGGGGUCAGUAUCUCUGAGCCCCACACGAGGUCAAGAGGGCUCCUGGCUCAUCGUCACACCUGAGAAGGACAGGAUUCAAGGGCUUGCCCAAGGCCAUGUAACCGGCGAUGGUGGGGCUUCGCUAGGGGUCACGGCCCACGAGAGGGGGCCGUGCACAUGGUCAGGAGCGCUGACCGCACCUGCAGCCUUGGGCAGGUCACUGGAGCCUCCAUUUCCCCACCUGUGACGUGGUGUUUCCAUCGCUGAUGUAACAGGUGACUGAGGGUCUGAAAACCACACAUGCAUGUUAUCUUGCAAUCCUGAAGACAGAAAUCCAAAGCAGCUCUUGCUGGACUAACUAAACUGAAGGCGUUGGUAGGGCCACAUUCCUUUCUGGAGGCUGGAGGAAUCUGAUGCCUGACCUCUUCCAGCUUCCGGAAGCUGUUCAAACUCCUUGGCCCUUGGCUCCUUCACCCUCAAG